AUGUCAUUUCAUCAUAAACGCAAGGCCUCCAAGAGCUCGGGAACAAUUUUACGCGCCGUUCCAGCAAGUACAGCUUGCGCAACGGCUCCCCUCUUAUCAAAAGAGCGAGACAUCCCCCCAUCCAAUCAGGAAAUCCACUCGAGCGUUGGCCGCAUUUCACCCGCCUCUGAUGGCAUGUCAGUCCAAUCGCAUUCACAAAACAACGCCGGACGCACUACCCGAUUACGCAGCAGUAGUGCAACCGCACUCUCCCCCAUCAAAGCUGGGAAGGAAAUGAAGUCCUUCUCCAGCACACCGUCGCUCAAGGGCACUAUUGGCAUUUACAAGCACGGAAGGAUACAGUGGGAACACAAGGACACCAGCUCGUCGGAUUGCCAGAGUCGGAAAAGCUCCCAGUCCCGAUCGUCCAGCUCGGCCAGGAGUCAGAGGCCCAGGAUACAAGUCGUCAUUCCCAAAGAGCAACGCGACCGCCCUCUGCCUACAAGCCCGUUCUUUGGCCAGCCCAGCAGCAAUCACAUCAGGUCCGCCUCGGCCGAUAUCGAGACUAUGAGCGACAUUUCGCCGCCGUCGGGAUCCAAAAGGGCUCACGUGCGCGACUCGAUGGUAUCACCACUCAGCACACGGCAGGCCCGGCCUCCGCAGCACUUCCAUCCUUCAAUUAACGAGCAAAUUUCCAAGUCUGGCAUGGGCUCUCCGGAACCAAGCAACGCUACUUGCAAUUCGUCAGACGACUCUCGUGGGGACGACGCAUCCUCAACUUACAGCAAUCAGUCCUCACUGACCAGCGCCGAAGCCGGCAGCCCGCCUUGUCCGUCAAAAUCUAUGAGCAGUCGCGUGAAUAUCGCGGGCGUCGAGUUUUCAGUCACGUCUCCCGUGAAGGCCGGGGUGUUCAGUUCGCCCCCACGCGAGGCUACGAAGUCCGACAUUGCAGGCCAUGAAACCGGACAUCGCUACGCGACUCCGUCACCGCCACCACGACAUUACGCGCAUCACCCCCGUAUUGAAGAUGAUACUGAGUUUAUACCGACCUGCUCGCUCCAACCUCCCCGCAACGCUUCAAGCGCUUUGCGCCGCCGACCAUCCACCGUCCGCAGACACUCAAAUCGCUGCAGUCGAAGGAGGAGUCUCGCAACGAAUCCAGGGAUGGGUGCAAUCAACCAGGCCAUCAACCGCUCAUCAUCCAAGCAAUUUACGCCUAGGAUCCCGAGUCCGACCUUGAGUGAAGCAGAAAAUGAUCUGGAGGCGCAACUCACCUCAUUUACGGACGACAAUCCCUUCAAAUGGGAUACUGUCGUCACUCGGAAAGACUCUCCACUAAGCCCCCAAGGCGAGCCAAGGAAAGACUCUAUCACUUACGAUAUUGCCCGGUAUAGCCCUCCACCAGAAUUGCCGAGAAAGUCCAGCAAGCGCCAGUCACAGUUCGGCCCAAAUGGUUUCCGUCUGUCACGGGUACCUGGCGAUCACAUUGCUUCUCAGAUCAAACGGAAUCGUUCGCUGAACAAGGGCAAAGGAUUGAGCAUCAUCAUACCCGAGACCAAGCGUAUGACGACCGACGAUUUUGUGCUUUCACCCAUCCCCAUUCCCCCAAAGGACGUCAAGCGGACUAUUACUCCAGAAGUCGCCGAGAACGUUAUUCUCACUAUCCUGCGGAAUCUAGAAAGCCUUGAUGACCUCUUCGCUACCGCUGUCGUCAACCGCGGCUUCUACCGAGUGUUCAAGCGCCAUGAGCUGGAGCUGAUGAAGGCUGCGCUGCGAAAGAUGUCACCACCCGCUUGGGAACAUCGCGAAAUUUGUUAUCCUGGACACGACGAGGGAGACGAAGAAGACGACCGUCCGAGACAAGAAUAUACGCCGGCUUCAUAUAUCCAAUACUACACGCGGGACAUGUAUAUCAUUGCAGCGAUCAAGUCGUUGAUCAAGGAUAAUUGUCAAUCAUUCAUCCGGCCGGAGAUUUCGAUCGCGCUCGUGAGCGAGGACCAGGUCGAGUCUGCCCGUGUCGACGACGCACUCUGGCGUAUUUGGACUUUCUGCAAGAUCUUUGGAUGCGGAAAGGGACGAGAAGAGGAUGUUGUUGCUCAGAUGGACUGGCUGAACGGUGGUGCCCUCGUCCACCAGUCCUCGUGCACCUACAGCGUCCUUACCUGCGACGACUUUAAUGAAACGCUCGCGAGCGCUCCAGAGUGCUUUGCGAAGGGGAACGAAGGGGGUCUGACCGCUGAGCAGCUGUUCGAUAUGAUGGAGCUCUGGAACUGCCUGGGUGUCCUACUGCAGCCAAUUGGGGGCCGUACCAUUCAGGCUAGGGAGUUCGGCGUCUAUGAGAACACGGACGUUCGAGGAGGAGACAUUGACGGCGAAGAGAUCAUGCUCGAUGAGUGGUACUACUACCUAUUAACGCUCGGUCUCUCCACCAUCCUCGACCUGGCUGCUCCCUGCCGCACGUCCGAAUCCUCCGCCUUCAUUAUCGCCUCCCAAAACGGCUGGAUCAACUGGAAGCCCCCGAUCUUCGGGGGCACGCGGCGCAACUUCCUGAAAGAAGCCGCAUCUCGCUUGUACGAAGAUAAGAUCACAGUCACCUACGCCGAGAGCUCCACCAAGGAAGUUCAGCGCCAGCUCUCCAAGCAGCGCAUCCAGCGUCAUAUCACGGAACUCCGCCAGCGCAAGAAUAGCGGUGAACGACUUCCUGAAAUCCGAAUGAGUCAGGAACGCCCAAUGAGCGAGUGGGAGGGCGUAAUCAGCAACUUGACGAGGCCUCGCCUUCCACCGGCGUCUCCUCACACUGUAGUCACGCACAUUCCUUCCUUGCGAGCGCCCUCGGGUCUUGCGCACGAACUUACCAUUUCCAUUCCCGAACUGCCAGCGGCCCGCACUCCGCCUCCUCCACCACGCUCCCAAUCACCACCUAGGCGCACAGUUGCCCAACCUCUUCUUCCCACGCCACCGCCUUCCACCGUCCCCAGUACACGAGAUAGGAGCAGCAUGGCCCUAAGUAUGCCCUCCAUCGACGAGCACCCCGCUUUCCGACGCCAGGAAUCUAUCCCCGAAAUGCCUCGGCUCGACCAACAUCCCGCUUUUGCACAGCAUCUCCGCCAGAUGAGCGAGGAAACGAACGGGGCACACAGCGCAUCCGGCAGCGCACCUUCUAUUGAAAGCCAGCCGGUCUUUCAUCAGCAUCCUCUUCAGCGUGUCGUCUAUGACCACGACAGCGGUGAAAAUUCCGCCGACAGAGCCGUCUACAGAAUCGUCGAGAUGGGCUUCACGCCCGAGCAGGCGAGGCAAGCCUUACGCAAGACGGAUCUCGGGGAUGGCCUGCGAGUGGAUCGCGCCGUUGAGUUGCUGUUGAGGGAGAUGGAGCGAUUCUCUUCUUAA